AUCCUGCAUAAAACCUCCCACAUUCCAUUGCCAGCUCCAACACCAUCGACUGGAAGCCCACACAAACCCUCAAGAAUGCAUCCAUCCAGUUCAAUUUUACAUAUUCUGCAACGUGUCGGAUCAUAUGUAGCCACAAAUCUCUCGUUAUCAUAUUUGGAAGCGGCAAGGAUCAUUGAAGAGAAAUUUCAGAAGCUCCUUGGAUUUCUGUCCAUGAAGCUUGCUACCAUGUCCAGAUGUGUGGCACAAUUCAUCACACACUCUUUCUGGCGUCUGGUUUUCCAAAGCAAUCCUUUUGUAGUUCAACUCAUUUACUUCAUGGCAAUCUCCUUUGCUGGUUUUCUUGCUCUGAAGAGUCUCAACCCACAUGGGAAGCCAGUUCCAAGGGAUUUUGACCUGAUGUUCACCUCUGUGUCCACAGCGACUGUCUCAAGCAUGUCGACAAUUCAGAUGGAGGACUUAUCUGACCAGCAGCUCUGGGUUCUGAUCCUUCUCAUGCUAUUGGGAGGGGAAGUGUUCACUUCAAUGCUAGGGCUUCAUUUGAACAAUGCAAAGGCCAACAAAGAAGAGCUUUCUCAAAGAAGUUUAAGUUCGAUCAGGAGGGAAAUCGAGGCCAGCAUUUCUGCCAACAACAUAGAUCAGAUUGAUAUGGAAUCUGGCCAAUCAGAAGCUGUUAUAUCACACAACCAGGUACAGCAAACCAAAAGCACAAGACAUAGUUCUCGCACUAUCUUGGCCCACAUAGUGACAGGUUAUUUUUUUGCUAGUGUUGUGUGCAGCUCUGUAGUCAUUAUUAUUUACUUUUGGCUUAAUUCAGAUGCAAGGCAAGUCCUACAAAGUAAAGAGAUCAAAAUAUGCACCUUUGCCAUCUUCACAGCAAUGUCCUCAUUUGCAAACUGUGGGUUCACUCCCCUAAACAGUAAUAUGCAAGCUUUCACAAAGAACUCUGUUCUUUUGCUUCUAGUGAUCCCCCAAAUUCUAGCAGGCAAUUCUUUAUUUUCACCACUCCUAAGGUUAAGCGUGUGGGCCUUGGGGAAAGUCAGUGGAAAACAAGAGUACGCUCACAUCCUUCAGCAUCCUGAGGAGACUGGAUACAAGCAUUUGCCCACACAGCGGAACUCUGUUUACAUCUUUCUGACAGUAACAGGGCUGAUUUUGUUGCAAGUUAUAUGUCUUUUCUCUUUCGAGCGGGGUUCAAAGGCCUUUGGAAGAAUGAACUGGUUUCAGAAAUUGGUAGGCUCGUUGUUUCAGAGUGCCAAUACAAGACAAGCCGGUGAAGCUGUUGUUGAUAUCUCCACCUUCUCAUCACCAACUUUGUUGCUACUUGCAAUAGUCAUGUACCUUCCUUCCAAUGUAUCAUUUCUCCCAAUGAAUAGUGAUAAACAUCCCUUGGCAGAUAAAAAUCCGAGUCGAAGAGCAAUGUGGAAGGAUUUUAGCAUUACCAGCCCUGCAUGCCUCGCAUUAUUCACAUUUUUGGCAUGUAUAACUGAAAGGAAAUCAAUGUCUGCCGAUCCACUAAAUUUCAAUGUCUUCAGCAUGAUGUUUGAAGUGAUCAGGCAAGUUCAUAUCCUUGCACAACCAAAGUCAUGCCCAUUCCAGAAACAGCAUCUAAGCAUGAGUUAUAUCGACAAGGGAAAAAUGCAAUCAGCAAAAACAGCAUAAGCCAAUUUCCAGCGCGUUCGGCAAUGUGGGGUACUCGCUAGGCUACAGUUGUGAGAAGUUGAUGAAACCUGAUGCCGCUUGCAAAGCUGCUUCAUAUGGGUUUGUCGGCUGGUGGACCGAUGAGGGUAAGCUGAUAAUUAUCUUGGUGAUGUUCAUCGGGAGGCUCAAAAAGUUCAUCAUCAAAGAGGAAAAAGAUUGACCGUGCACGCACAGCACCACAUCAGAGGGUGGAAGCUGCCCGAUUACAAGAAUCAUGAAGUAGUGGAUCAGCUAAAUCCAGAGCCUUGCCAUCUUCUGCAUCGCAUGGGGAAAGAUUGUCUGAGCAGCAAUUCCAUCUGUACAAAAUGCAAGAGAAUCAUCAGAGAAUGAAUGAAUGAAGAAAUCAUGAGUGUCAAGCUGGCAA